AUGUUGCUUCCACCGCCAGUUUCAGCGCCCACGUCUCGUCGUACUUCUCGCCAAGCGCCCGCAACAUCAGGCCCACAUGUCGAAUCAUCCCCGGAAAAUAUUAAACUAAAUGCCAGACCUCCAAACCACAUCACGGCAACCAAUCAGAUGCUAGUAUCAUUGACGCGUAACACUAGUCUUAUCCCCGAACAUUCCGCUCCAAGAAUCAGUCCUACAUGUACCAAUUUUCUUGAAAGCUCAGAGACCAACUCGACAUCCAACAAUCACUUGCUUCGCGAAACAUCUCAGUGCGCUUCGUCCAUACCAAAGCCUCCAUCUCACGAUCUCGAAAAUCAGCUUAAAAAAUUGGAUUAUAAACGUAACCAGGAAGACCUGAACAAGGUCCAUUCCCAGUCAAGCCUCAAGCAUUUGAGCGAGAUCAAGGAUCUGAAGGAGUUUAAACAACGGAAUCUAGAUGAAAAGAAGCAAUGCAAAGCAACACAUGAUAAACUUGCUAAGCAAUCUGCCAAGGUUCAGGAGGAUAUCGUAGCCAUCCAGACUAAAGUUACUUCGAUUCAGUCCAAGUUUACAAAGGAUACACAACAGAUCAAGAAGGAAGGAGAACGGCUGAAGACUGCGAACAAACACACCAAAUUUGAAAUGGAUCAGCUCUCCAAAACUAAUGAGAUGAAAACGGCAAAGAAGAAAGAACUGAAAGAGAAACUUGCAACCCGUCAGACCGAACUGAACCAAAAACGCGAACAGAACAAGCGACACAACCCGGAAAACAAAUCUGAACAAGCGACCGCCCCCCACCGGCGCCUUACCACUCAAGACUCAGAGGCUCAAAGUUCCGUGGCGGACUGUCCGCGCCCUUCCAAGUGUUCCACAUCAUCGCCAACUCUCCUGAAUCAAGUCGAAAACCUUCCGCUCAAACCUUCAAAUAUUUCCGCUCUUGAUACAUCCAGUUCAACUUGGCCAAAAUCCCAAGACUCUCUCACGUUUUCUCCUGAGAAUUCGAUGGGUCCGAUGUUGUUUCCUAACUUCGCACAUAGCAGUCGCCAUCUCGAUGGUGCAUGGGCUCCAGACCCUUUGUCAGAAACCAUUCAACAGAGUAACAUCCGUGAAACAUUCAUCAGCCUACCUAACCUGGAGUGGAGUGCCCUGAAGGAUCAUCAUCCAAUACUUCAAGCGCUAGAUGCUUCUCUUUCUCAUCCUCCACUUCCUGCGUCUCCACUGACGGAUGAUCUCUUUAACUACCGUCACGAGAUUCCACCUCCCGCCAUUGCCCUUACUUCUGAAUGGACUCGACCGCUCUCAAGUCAGACUUCAUUACCCUUUGGCGCCAUUGGUCAAGGUUCACCCACUCGAGUUCCCGCCAAUACGUCAACCAGUAGUUCGAGCUCCCUAUCUCAAAUGCCAGGAUAUGGCUCAGUCGAAUCAUCCCCUGCUUCACCCUACGCCCCCGUUGGAACCCCUGCCUACUUGAGCCACAAAAUACUAAAUGAGCUUCAAGAAACCUCAGGCGAAGCAAUUGAGGACUACACAUUUGGUGGAUCUCCGCAUGAUCCGAACGAAAUGGAAGCCGAUUUUGGCCAGGCACUGAGUCUGAAGACGAGUUCAAGGAGGCUCAAGACAUCCAACUCCCCUACCGUUGGUCUCACCGGGCGCGAGAAAGAUGAAAGAAUUACGCCGACUGAAACAAUCCCGGAGGAAAGCCCUUCGGGUUUCAAGAAACAUCAAAGCACCCAAAGCUUGGGCGGUAAUACUCGAUCAGAAGCCAGCGGGCUGAACUCUAUCUUUGACGUUGUCCCCGGGCCUGCCUGGCCGUCGAGGCCCUGUUCACAGAGGCCAUCCGCCGGGCCGGCGCUAAAUCCUUGCGCAAAAGUGUUCACCUUUUCUGCUGUCAGGCCCUCCUCUGUCACUCGCCCCGGUCCGACAUCCUCGGUUGGCCAGCAACGAGCUCGCGGUUAUAGCUAUUCCACAAUCACUUCUUCCUCUCCCAGCGCGAUGAAACCCUCGGGUCUCGAGACAAAAGCCGAGUCGGCCGAGCAAGAGAAACUACGGAAGUCGCUCCAUCGCAGCUCAUGGUCAGUCGUUGUUGGCAUCAAAGCUGCUGCUGCGGGUCCUCCCAGAAACGCGGGCAAGACCAGAGAGACAAGCAGCUCGAGGCUCAGUGGGCAAGAUGGAUCCAGCGGGUCUGUGAGCUCCGAGAACACCUUGACCAGCAAGUCGCUGGGUGCCCAGAAGCUCACCGGCUCACCCUCUGAGCUGGCGUCCACCUCAUCCCCAGGUCACGCCCUCCCGGCCGAGUUCACCAAGGCAGCCUGCGCCGGCCUCUUCGGCCCGAUUGGUGACUCCAAGCCUAAGAAGUCUCCCUCAAGCCAGUCGUCUCCUUCCUUGGCGCCUCUCGCUACCAGCCUCUCAGUCUCUCCCAGCCAUUUGACGCCCACUGAGCCGGCUGGAAUGGCGCUCGACUCCUAA